AGCUUUUAUUUUGAAGUGAAUGAACCUGUCUGUUGCUAGGUUACGUAUGACACAGUGAAGAGGUGUCAAUCUCCAGGAACAGAAUGGCAACUCUUGGGGAGCAGCAUCAAAAGGCUGCUUUAGUAAUUCAGAAGGCCUGGAGGAGUUACCUGUUCAGAGCUAUCUUUGAUUUUUACAAAGAGCUGAUCAGACUUUGUAACCAAGGAGAUCCUCAGAUGAUUCUCAAGACAGUCAACCCACGAGAGUGUGAGCUGUUGGAUGCUGCCGCUGGAGUUUUCCUUCGAUUUCGUCUAGGCGGGACCACUUUUCCUCCCAGCAUCUACUAUAAAAUCUUCACCUAUCGACCAAUAACAGACCUGUGUGCUAGCAGUCCAAAGAUCUACGCAAAACCCAGCAACAGACAGAGUGAGAUCCAGCAAGCCUCCCAAACCACUGUGAAGGCUGCCCAUAAGGGGUGGUACCAACGCACGGAGAACAACAACUGGAGACUAUUUUCAAGCGUGUUGGUUCCUAAAAGUGACUCAGCAGAGUGUGACGAUAAUAGAAAAGUUGACUUUUGCUACACAAAACUGCAGAGGCGACAGGAUGUACACAGGUGGAGGAAGAAGAAGAAAAUCGAAUGGCUCAAACAAAUGUAUAGCCGAGGUCGUUUGGAAAAUCGACUGGGCCGAGUAGCGUCUCUGGUGGAUAAUUCAGCCCAGGAAGUGGUGAGCCAUUUGGAGAAAAACUCUGAGGACAUAAUGGACUGGGAGCUGGAUGAACUGCUGUCAUGGUCGAAUACACUCAACUUUGAAGAAUACAUGACUCAGUGGAGACAUCUAGCCUGUAGCCAGUCUUCAGAAAUGAGUAUAGGUAUGGCAUUUAUAGAUUUGUGUAUAGCCCCAUCUGCUGGCGUAGUUUGGUAA